CCGCGAGUUUGUACGCCCGUACGCGCGACCAGCAAGCGCUCUGGACGUCAGAGCAGCUGCAAACCAUAUAUUUCGCUGGCUUGUUCAUUCAUGCGCUGCGGUGCGCCCGCGGAGCCGGUGCUUCAUGAACAAGGCCUCAGACUGAGAGAUGCUCUCGGAGAUGAAAUGAGUGCCUCGGAACGACUGCGACGCUCUCUGGCGGCCAGCGCGCGCGAGACGCAGCCCGCAAAUGCUCCCACGAGCGUCGCCGCGCUCCGCCGCGAGAUUGCCGCGCGCGGCCUCGACGACUCGGAGUGCGUGGAGAAGGCGGACCUCGAGGCGGUCCUGCGCCACAACGACCCCGGCUUGUUGCCGGUGCGAGAGCUGAAGCGGCUCAUCGAGCUCCACGGUGGUACAGUUCCCGACGCCGUCGAGAAGGCAGAGUUCGCGAGGGCGCUGCGCGAGACGCUCAAAAAUUGCCCCAUCUGCCUCGACGAGAUAGGCGAGGCAUCGGAGGACGGCUGGCCCGCGGUCGUCCGCUGCGGCGCGUGUCGCGGGACUUUCCACCGCGCGUGCGCGUCGCAGCACUGCCUCGCGUCAGCCGACUCGGGGCGCCUGCCGCCGCGGUGCCCCACGUGCCCCGAGGCCUGGCCCGCGCGCACCGUCAAGGCGGCGCUCGGGCCCGACGCCGCCGCGAAGGCGCGCUACAAUACUGCUGCCCGAGGCUUAAACGAGCUGAGGACACGCCGCCGCGCCGACAACGCGGCCACGGCGGCGGAGAUGCGCGGGCUGGGCGUGCGGCCCUGCCCGACGUGCGGGGCUUUGGUAGAGAAGAGCGACGGCGGCUGCGACAACAUGACCUGUCGGUGCGGCGCGAAGUUCUGUUUCCAAUGCGGCGCGCUCGCGCGGAACGGCGUGGCUUCGUGCGCGUGUGCUCCGGGCCAUGCUUUUCUGCCCCACGAAUUGGUCAUGAACAACUACGUGCCCUCUCUUGAUGCCGCGGUCCGGGCGGGUCAAGAGUUCCUCGGUGAGGCCCUGCCCGGCGUCGCGAGCGCGAUCGGCGAGGCCUCGGCGGUCAUCGGCGGCGUCGCCGCGUCCCUGGGCGCCGCGGCGCUCGACGCCGUUCAGCGGGCCACGGAGCCCGACCGCGCGACUCCGUCGCGCGCGCCGAGCCGCGACUACGAGGACUUCUCCGAGACGCGCGAUGUGUAA